AUGAGUCCCAGAACAGCUUCUGUCACUACCUGCUCCAUUUUCCAAGUAGAAGUGUACCCUUGGUCGAACUCCUGCUGCACCAAGGUAGCAGACUCGAUCAUCGAGGCCUUGACGUUUGGAUCCAGGUCCUCGUUGCUUUCCAAGCUGCUGAUCAGAUCCACACCAGAAUUCAGAUUGUUCAGAAUGGUGAGCUUGUCGAUCGACGAGUUUGGCUUGGCAAAAAGCUUUUCGUUAAAGUACACGGCCAGAGAAAGCAGCUGUCUUGAAACCGUCACUCUGUUGAACUCCAUGUUCUGGACAUUGUCCUGGACGAUGUCGCGCAAGAGCAGAGACAGAUACGACUCCACUGGAGGAACGGUGUCAAAAAGCGUAGCAGACGGCAAAAAGCACUCAAGUGCGUAG